CGUAAACUAUUGCGCCCUGACAGAAAUCCCAUCUCUACAAAUUUGCCGCUUCUCCCACGACCGUCUUUCCCCUCAUUUCCAGUCCAACCCAAAUCGCAAUCAUGAAGAUUCUUACAAAGGAAGAAGAGGAGGCGCACUACUCAGCUGUCGUCAAGGGCGGUCUCAUCGGAGGUAGUCUUGGUCUCGCUGUUGGUGUUGGAGGUGUCAUGUUUGCUUCAAGGCGAUACCCUGCUUUCCGCGGCCUCACAAUCCCCUUCAGAACGUUCCUCGUCACAUCCGCCGGCACAUUUGGCGCCAUUAUCAACGCCGAUCGCUGGUCCAUGGAUUUUCAGAAGAAGCAGAAUCCCAUGAACUUUUACGAAGACCAGACCCAGCGCGCUCAGCAGAUUGUUCGCGAGAAUCAGACGACCUGGGAGCGCUUUAUGGAGUACGGCAAGGAGAACCGCUACUCUAUCGUAUUUGUCUCAUGGCUCGCAUCCAUGGGUGUCGCAUUCGCGCUCGUGAGCCGUUCACCCAUGAAUACAGCCAACAAGGUCGUACAGGCCCGUGUGUAUGCUCAGGGUCUGACCCUCGCUGUUCUCAUCAUCUCAGCUGUCUUUGAGAUGAACGACGCCAAGAAGGGCGAGGGUCGCUGGCAGACCGUCAUGGUCGUCGACCCCGAGGACCCCGAGCACAAGCGACUUAUUGAGAAGAAGAUCCACAAGGAGGAGUAUGAGGGCCAAGACCUCUGGAAGGAUAUGGUCGCUGCUGAGGAGCGACGCUUGGCCGCUAAGAAGCAAGCUGAGAACAAGGCUUAAAAUAAACAUGUUAUCUUCUUAUAACGACAAAAACAACUCAAUGAAAACCAUUCCUCGAUACACAUUACUUUAAAACUCAUCAUUAAUACUACGCCGAGCACAAGCCGACAACCACAGGAGGAAAUCGGAAAUUGUAUAUACCAACAAACCGAAGUUUCAUGAGUCGAUGAGCUGGGAUGGAAAGGAAGUGGCUAUUAUCGAUUGGGAUAGUCAUUGAAACAAAACUGCCCUCUGUUUUGUCUUUUCUAUGCGCAUAGAGCGGGUGGGAUGGUUCCUUGGAGUUACAA